GACAGCUUUGUCGAUCCUUUUCGAUACGAAGGGGGGGACCACAGUCUCCUCUGGCUACUAAACAUCCUUUGGAAACCCGAGUAGGCUUGAAAUAACAUGCCAAGACAAUCGAUCAAGAAGGUCGAUGCCGCCUCGAAGGAACCAGAUCCCAUAGAUGGCGCCGCAAUCCCAGUUCCAUGCGGGCACGUCUUCGACCUCGCUUGCAUUACCCACCUCUUCCAGUCCUCAGUCCGUGACGACUCCCUGUAUCCACCACGAUGCUGUCACAGAAACAUACCCUUCACAAAAGUACGACGCUACGUCAGUCAAGCUUUAAUUGCAGACUUUCGGCUCAAAGGCCGAGAGAAGAAAACGAUGCAUCGGGUGUAUUGCUCAUCGCCAUCCUGCAAUCGCUUUCUUGGUGCGCUCCACCAAAAGUCGUCACGAAAAGUGUACGAUUGCCCAGCCCCAAGUUGUUCCACCCGUACGUGUGGAAAAUGCCGUACAAAGUACGAAGGGGUUGGGAAUCACAACUGCGUUAUUGACGCAGCAACGCAACAAGUGCUUGAUAUCGCUCAAGCAUCAGGCUGGGCAAGAUGCCCAGGAUGCUCCCAUUUGAUAGAGAAGAUCGCUGGCUGUAAUCAUAUGGUUUGUCGUUGUGGAACAACGUUCGAUUACGCCUGCAAGUAAUAGUACUGACCGAAUUGUCUCGCUUGAAUUUACACAUCUAUGCACUUCCCAAUUGCAAGGCUCAAAGGACGGGGGACUUCCGUUUAUGUAUCAUGGAAUAGAGUACUUAGUCUGUAUGCUAGAGCUUUUCAUUUGUUCUCAAGAAAACAUAUGCAGUCCAACAUGCAAUUUCUUCGCUUAUUACCUUGCUUAUUACAAUGGAGGACGUCACCACGAAUCUGCUUAGCACGAUCU